AUGGAGAACGUGCGCCAACGAACAGCGCGGCAGAUAGAAAAUGCGCAGAAAUUUGCAGUGGAGCCCAUCAUCAAGUCGCUGCUUGAUGUGGCCGACAACCUGCAGCGCGCGGCAGAGGCGGUGCCGGCCGGCGUGGUGGACGGCGACGAGCAGCUGGAGGCAGAAAAGGCGCAGCGGUUGCUCAAGUCGCUGCUGCAGGGGGUGCGGAUGACCGAGGGCGUGCUCAUCAACGUGUUCAAAAAGCACGGCGUGGAGCAGUACAACCCUGCGGGCGAGAAAUUUGAUCCGAACCUGCACCAGGCUAUGUUUGAGGUCCCUGAUGGCACCAAGGAGGCCGGCUUGGUGGCUGUUGUCACCAAGGUGAUUUGA